AUGUUUGUGAAGAAGACAUCCUCAAAGCCGCCUAAGAUCAAGGCGAAGAAGGACAUCAAGCUUAAGACACCUUCAAAGGCUCCGCUGAAGACAGACAUAGGCCCCUCGAAGGCUACCAAGGCAGUCAAAGUGGGAAUGUUGAAGACAGCAAGCAAGGAGAAGGAGAAGAAGCAGGCAAAGUUAUCUAUAACAACAGCAACGUCUCCACCUUUAGCCUCAACCUCAACCUCAGCCUCCGCAACAACACCACAAUCUCUACAGAACACCAACAACGACGCCCACCAGCCGAAACCAGGCUCGUCAGACCUGCUGGAUAAACAGGCCAAAGCAGUUCAGGCUCGUCUAAAAAUGAACCAUUACGCCAACCGAGCAAGGUGA